UUUAUUUUCAAGCAUCGUGUUCUGUAAAAGUGUGUAAUAAUCUACAACAAAUUUAAAAUGGCUAUCAAGAUGAUAAUGUUUGUCGCUUUAUUCGGGCAUUUGGCUGUUGCAUACCCACCUACUGAGUACAAAAGUUACGACACCGACCACUACGAUCAUGCACCUAAGCCAUAUAAUUUCGAGUACGAUGUGAAAGAUCUUCACACGCAUGACAUCAAGAGCCAACACGAGGUGAGUGACGGUCACGGUAACGUUAAAGGAUCGUACCGUCUCGUGGAACCUGACGGAUCAACCCGCGUGGUCGAGUAUACCGCUGACCACGAACACGGCUUCAACGCUGUUGUCAAAAAGAUCGACGCACCCAAUCAUCACGGCGAGUACUCUGGCACCGCAGACUACCAUCAUCAUUACGAUUCACUUCAUCCGUACGAACAUUCGUCGUACAAAUUUUACUGAAAUGUAAAAAAAAACCGCUGAUUUUACUGGAAAAUGUGAUACCAAACCGACGUGCGGUUGAUGAUACAGACUAUUUAGUAUGCACAUUAUGUACAUUUUUUUUUAUUAAAUAAUAUAUUCUCCAUUGUUAUUAUAAAACAUGAGGUUUUAUUUUAUUAUUUACUGAAUGUUAAUCUACAGCACGCUAUAUGCGGAAGAAAGAACUAUUUGUAAACUCACUCAGUGAGUAUACAUAUAGUUACUAUAUCGAAUUGAUAAAAAUAUUUGAGUAAAAUAAAUCCAAAAAAGUAUUCCUGAAAAUAAACAAAUGAAUACAAUCGUUUAUAAUUAUUAGCC